CCUUCCCACCGACCCAAGAGAGUACAGAUUCCAGAGCUGGCUGCAACCAUCUUCAAACGACUCUUCCCUCCCACAACCCGGAGUCGGAGCCGGAGCCGGAGCCGGUUGCCCUCUUGUUUUGCGAUGGAUUUCAACAUCUUCAAGUUAUGCUCAGGCCUCAAAUUCCUUGGCUACUUGAUGAUCCUCCUCGUCGCUGCUAUUAUUGCUGUUUCCUACUAUGUUGUAGUAGUCAUCACCUGGGGUCCCCAACUCUUCCACGGUGCUUUCAAAUCCCUAUUGUCUUUCUCCAUCAUCAUCUUAUUUCAUCUCCUGCUUGUCUUGUUAGCAUGGAGUUAUAUCAUGGUAGUUUCCCAGAACCCUGGCUCUGUUCCUGAAAACUGGAAACCAACAUCAGAGGAAAAUCUAGAAGCUGGCAUCUCUACAUCACUGUCAGAUUAUAUGGUACUUGAUAAUUCUGCUUCUACAUCUUUAGAUGUGCCUGAAAGUAGACAAGCUUUGAGCUACUGCCGUUUUUGUCGAAAUGGGAAGCCACCACGCUGCCAUCAUUGUUCUGUUUGUCAAAGAUGUGUAUUGAAGAUGGAUCAUCAUUGUGUAUGGGUGGUGAACUGUGUUGGGGCACGCAACUAUAAAUUUUUUCUAUUGUUCUUGUUGUAUACAUUUCUGGAGACCACAAUGGACACUAUAGUAUUGCUGCCCAGUUUCUUGAAGUUCUUCAAAGAAGCCAAAGGUCACUCAAACUCACCAAGUGAUCUUGCUCUAACCUUUCUGGCUUUUGUUUUAAACUUAGCUUUCGCACUGAGCCUUCUUUGUUUCAUAAUAAUGCAUGCGUCUCUUCUUUCAAGCAAUACCACUUCAGUAGAGGUCUAUGAGAAAAAAGGAAUAGUGAGGUGGAAAUAUGACCUGGGAUGGAAGCAAAAUUUUGAACAGGUGUUUGGAAGAAGAAAGGCGCUGUGGUUGUUCCCUUUAUUCGCCAAGGAAGAUUUGGAGAAUAUACCCGCACUUCAUGGCCUCAAUUUUCCUACAUGUUCGGAUGCUGAAUCAUGACCAGUUAUAGCCAACAUAAUUUUAUGUAGUAGAGGUUUAUCAUGUAAAAAGCAAUUGCAAUUGCAAAUCCAAAUGCAUGUUGUAACAUAUAUAAUUAUUUCCAAUUGGCACAAGUCUCUUCUUCUGA